AUGAAGGCUGCUAUACGUUUGACCAAUUAUGAGCAUUUGCCGUGUAUCGCUCACACUCUCAAUUUAAUAGUGCGUGCAGGACUCCAGGAAAGUGAACUCGAGGUGCUGAUAAAAAAAAUAAAAGCUAUUGUAGAAUAUUUCCACAGAAGUCCAAUAGCUAACAAUAAAUUAAUUGCCAUGCAAGACCAGCUGAGGCCUGGUCAAAAACCGUUAAAGCUCAAAAUGGACGUAGUGACCAGAUGGAAUAGUACCCUGGAUAUGAUUGAAAGGAUUUAUUCACUUCAAGAAACUUUAGAAGCGUCUCUUGGGAUCCUACAUAAUCCAGUAGAAAAUCUUUCAGAAGGCGAAUGGCAGACACUGCCAGAAAUUAUAAAAAUCCUGAAACCAUUUAAGCAACUCACUGAAGAAAUGUCUUCUGAAAAAAAGGUGACUGUUUCAAUGAUCUUGGCUUCGACGGAAAGUAUGACCGAAAUUUUUCACAAUUUCACUACGAAUAUUAUGACAGAGACGGGAAUGAAACUGCUAAAUAAAAUAUCAACGGAAUUCAAAAGCAGGUUUAAGAAUUGUUACAGGCACCCCAUAUUAUCGAAAGCAGCUCUAUUAGACCCGCGUUUUAAAAAGCUGGCAUUUAGAUUUGAUGUGCCAUGUUAUGAGUCUGCCAAAGAUGCAUUGAAAACUGAGCUGCAAAACGAGUUCAACUGUCAACAGCAAUCUGUAGAACCUACUCAGUCAAUGUCAGCUAUAUCAACUAGCAACAUUGACGCUGAUAACGAUCAUUCAAUUUGGAAAGAUUUCGACACUCUAGUAACGUCAGCGUCAGCUUCAACCUCUUAA